CAUUCCUCUCAGCCAAUCAGAGCACAGGGAGGUGAUGUAAUGCUUUAAAGAGCAGAAGUGGUGCUGAUGCUGCGCAGUCAAACAGCAGCACAGAGACAGGACACAGCGCCCAGACACACAAACCAGACAUCACACCAAGGAGCGGAGGUCCGGUCCAGACUCACCUUCAGAGACAGAACAAUGACUCUUGCAGCAUACAAAGAGAAGAUGAGGGAGCUCCCCCUGGUGGCCUACUUCUGCUCCUGCAUUAUUCCAGAGUCUAAAGAGAAAACUACCAAAAAAAACCACCAAGGUGUGGUGGAUCUGAACCUGUGCCUUAUCAAAGACAUGGAGGUGAUCGAGCUGAACAAGCGUUCCUCAGGUCAGGCCUUCGAGGUCAUUCUGAGGCCGCCAUCGUUCGACGGUCAGAGAGAGUUUAAUCCCACCAUCCCGCCCCGCAGAGACCCCUCACUGGAGGAGAUCCAGAAGAAGCUGGAUGCCGCGGAGGAGAGGAGGAAGGGUCAAGAGGCCGAACUUCUGAAACAUUUAGCAGAAAAGCGAGAGCACGAGCGCGGAGUGGUUCAGAAAGCCAUGGAGGAACAGACCAAUUUUAUCAAAAUGGCCAAAGAGAAGCUGGAGCAGAGGAUGGAGAUCAACAAGGAGAACAGAGAAGCUCACAUCGCCGCCAUGCUUGAGCGCCUGCAGGAGAAGGAGAAACACGCUGAGGAGGUGAGGAAAAGUAAAGCGCAGAUGGAGGUGGAUUGGCAGUAGCGCAUGCGCACACAAACAAACACACACACGCACACACAUGCACACACACACAUAUGGUCUGCUGUCCGUUUCAGUUAUUUUUAUUUUAUCAUUUGGUGGUGGUGUUGGUGUUGGGGGGCGUUAGGGGUCCUGUAUCUGGCAUGAUGUUAGAUGUUGUGAUAAUGUUGUAAUAAGGAAGUGUGUGGUGUGAGUUUGAUUUGAGAUUUGUGCACUUGAAAGCCAAAUAAACACCAGAAACGAUAGCGUCAGAAAAAAUCAAUUACAUUUAAUUCAAUUCAAUUUUGUUUAUACAGUAUAGCGCUUUUAAAAAUAAGAACAUCUGUAUGUCUUUCAUUUCUUUUAAGGUUUUUUAACACGCGGAAUGUACGGUUGUGAUGUGUCUUUGUCAUGUCUUUGUAAGAAACUUCUUGUUUGUGAGGGUACAAGUGGUUUGUAUUAGUUUAAUUGUGCUAGAGAUUAAAAAAAAAAAUGAUCAGGGCCAGAUUUAAGAGGAAGUAAAUCAUGUGACCUGUGGCUUUAUUUCCUGUUUGUUUUAAUACUUGCAUGACCUGAUAAAGUGUGUAAAACUCCGUUUCCGUGUGUGUGCGUGUGUUUUUUGUGUGUUUUGCGUGGUUCUGUUCCUAACCGCGGUAUCUCUGGCCUUUAU